AGACUCACAUAUCUUUAGCCAAUCAUUGCUAUUCUUCAUUUGUGUUGAAUAGACACCGACGCAGUGACUCGUGUAGGUCAGCUUGGAUAGUUAUGGGAGUAUGGUUUACUUGUUCUAAUAAUCAGUUGGAAAAUUUCAAUAGUGCUAGUGGUACUACCUUGCAAACCUUGGAAACGUUUAGAGAACAAAUUAUGUAACUAUGUGUGAAGAUUAUCGACCCACAAGAAAGUGAGUUGGUGAAAGAGCUCUUGCAACUUUGUGCUCAACUGGGUGACGUGGAAGCUAUGAUUUAUUGUACCAAGUUGGUAGUUCCUUAUCGUUGGGAUAUUUCGAGACUACAAAGAUUGGUGGAAACGCUUCGUGUCUGGACACAAGUCGACACAAGAGAAGAACCUUGUGAGGAUCCGAAACAAGUGUUGAAUGAGUUAUUUCAACAACAGGUGGAUAAUAAUGAGUCAUUAUCCAAUAGUUGGUAACUGACUAGUGUUAUUAUUGGUUUUGGAAAAGAAUAUUUUGUAGAGUGUAAAAUGAAAGAACAUGUCCUUGUUUAUUAUUUUUGGGUGGAGAGGGGAAAGGCAAAAGCAACAAAGAGGUAUAUAAAAUGUAUUCUAUAAUAAUGCAUUGUUUCAUAUUUUGAUAUUUGUCUACUAUGAUUUUCUUCGGAUUUGUUCAUGUUACAUAGUUUUCUUGGAGUAUCUAUUUGUAAGCAUUGGAGAUUGGAAGGUCAAAGAAAACAAAGUAAUAUAAAGAUAAAAAUACAACGAGUCAACCAAUUGGAUGCUGCACAACUUGACGAAGAAGUAUUAUCCUUAUUGUGGUCUCAACUGGAACAAGUAUUUCGAUUUCUACCACCUGGAAUAUUGGUUUCACUGAAGCCUGAACUACAAGCUUUGUUAAAGUUUAUUUAUUUUGCUCAGUUUACAGGUACCAAUACCCCUACUCCCGGACAAACCCUUCAAAACUUGCAAUAUCGAGAUGAAAGAGCUUUUGAUUCAUUUCAUUGGACCAACUUAUUACGAAGUAUAUUUCACUAUCCUAUAAAUAUCAAAGAUACUUGUUAUGGUACUGAAAUAGUAGGUCUAAGUACCAAACAAAGGUUUGUAUUUGGUUUCCUAUAUGUGAUAGUGCCGUGGAUAUAUACUAGACUGGAUACAAGUGGAAUAUUGCGUCGUUGGUUGAGUUUUGCACCAAUUCAUAUUUCUUUGUUGAGUCGUUGUUGUUAUUUGGGAGAACGUGUCUAUCGUAUAGCUUGUCUUGUCAACUUUAUUCUUUUUCUGUAUGAUGGUACUUAUGUAUCUCUUGUCGAACGAAUUGUCGGUGCUCGACUGGUUUAUCGAGACCUGUCUGCUACGAGAAUGGUAUCAUUCGAGUUUCUUAACCGUCAGCUUGUAUGGGAAGAAUUUACAGAGUUGUUACUAUUUCUGUGGCCUUUGUUUAGUUCCAAUGUAGUUAAACAAUUGUUUCGUGAUAUCAUUGGAAAAAGAUUGCUUCAUCGUGAGACUCGACAAGAUAUUCCUGCAGAUGCUUGUCCCAUUUGUCGUUGUGUUCCUCCUAAAAUGCCACAUUUAGCUCGACCUUGUGGACAUGCUUAUUGUUAUUAUUGUUUAAGUUGGGCUAUGCAAAGUUUUGGUUAUUGUUGUGAACGUUGCGGUGAUACUGUUCGAGGCAUCUCUAGAGUGGGUCCUGUUGCUCAUACCAGUCCUACUCUAGUCCAUGCCAAACUUCAGAGUUCUUAGACAUUCUUCGCUAUGAUAAAUAGAUGCACACUCAA